AUGGCAGGCACACGAGAGGCCCUGAUCGACUCGCUCCUAGUGGCUAGCCGAAGACAGCCCCGGGUGCACUUGCAGAGGCGCAACCGGACAACUUUCACGGCACCGCAGCUGAGCGAGUUGGAGGCGCUGUUCCAGCGGACACACUACCCCAGUUUCUACCUGCGAGAGCAGCUAUCGCGCAGGAUCAGUCUCUCGGAGGCCAGGGUACAGAGCCGACACCAUCUGGGCGCCGCUGCCUUUGAGGCCACCGCCAGGUGUCGCCACCAGACUGGUUCCCCCAACAGCAGCAGCAGCAGCAGCAGAGGGCGCAUUCAGGCAUUGCCGACGUCGGUGCCCCCCAGAGGCCAGAACGAUGCGGCGUUGCGGCCGGGGACCCAUUGUGGCACUACGGGCCCCGGAGACACCUCGGCUGUGGCAGCCGUGGUCGGUGACAAGCCGGAGCCGCUGUGCCCGUGUCUCACUCUGCAGGCUUCGCCGUCUUCGUGGGGUCGACUGCAGCGGCUGGAAGCCGUAACGCGUCACAGUCAGCUGCAGCCUUACCUUGCGGCGUUCGUGGCGCGCCAAGAACACGUCGCCAAACAACGCCUGGCGUCACCCGUACAGUGA